CAUAAUCUCCCAUGGCCUUUGUGUCCCAGGAUCUUAAGAAUCUGCCUGCGAUGACAGUCAUUCUUAAUUCUCCUAAACAUCUCAUUGUCACCGUCCGAGUCUGAACAGGGCUGAUAAAGGGGUCUGAGCUGGUUUGACCACUCUGGGGUCCUUAGGCUGAUGAGGAAGCUGAUUGAAACUGGGGUACCUACCAAGAGGCUGCAAGGCACGGCUGUUCACGCACGCAACCAACAUAGCCACUUCCCUCCCAUAUUCCAGGCACUGCACCAGGCCGGGGGAAUGCAGAUGAGCCGCAGUCCGCCCGGAGAAGCCUUCUCAGCGGAGAAGGGAGCAGUCAGAAAUCUACCACUGGAAGCCCGUCCCACAGCACAGGGCAGUACCUAGGCCGGGCAGCUACACCAGCCCCGGGCGCCUUGAGGCGGAGCAGUAGGUGGGGCUCAGAGUAGUAUCUCAUUUCUAAGCGAGGCAAGAGGAUUGUAAGCGCUUCCCUUGACUGACGGGCACAGGGGUGGCCUUUUCAAACAAGCCAGACAGAUGUUUCUAUUUUAGGGAGUCCCUGACCCGUGCCGGUUGAGUCUGACCCUUUUUUUUUUUUAUGGACAGAAAUGCCCAUGAGGGAAGAACUUGUGAGAUUUCGGAUGUGGGAGAAGCCCCUCAAAAGGGGCUGCGUCCCCUAAAGGGCACCCCAAAGGGGCUGAACCGCUUUCCGUUUUGGGGAGGAAGACUCUGGCUGUAAGGGUACCGGAGGGGGUGGAUUUCAUGGGGAUGUGUUCAAGGCAAGAGCGAAUUCAGAAGGAUAUCGACGUCGUGAUCCAGAAGUCCAGAGCCGAGAAGGACUGCCUGUUUGCAGAUUUCAGGUUCUCCGACUCCACCUUUACCUUCACCUACGUCGGCGGCCCCAAAAGUGUAUCCUAUUCAGUACAUGUGUCUGAAGAUUACCCAGAUAAUACGUAUGUGUCAAGUUCAGAAAAUGAUGAAGAUGUCUUAGUUACUACAGAACCCAUUCCAGUAAUUUUUCAUCGAAUAGCAACAGAAUUAAGAAAAACGAAUGACAUUAACUGUUGCUUAUCCAUAAGAUCCAAAUUGCAGAAGGAAAAUGGGGAGGAGUCCAGGCAGAGCAGCACAGUGGAGGAGGACUCCGAAGGCGAUAAUGACUCUGAAGAAUUCUAUUACGGAGGACAGGUGAACUACGACGGGGAGCUGCACAAGCACCCGCAGCUCGAGGCCGACCUGUCGGCGGUCAGAGAGAUCUACGGGCCCCACGCGGUUUCUCUCAGGGAAUAUGGAGCCAUUGACGAUGUAGAUAUUGAUCUCCAUAUUGAUGUUAGCUUUCUUGAUGAGGAGAUUGCGGUGGCUUGGGAAGUGGUUCGAACAGAGCCUAUCAUUGUCCGACUGCACUGUUCACUUACGCAGUAUUUGAACGGCCCAGUGCCCACUGUUGAUGUCUUUCAGAUUUCCACCAAAGAGCGGUUUGGAUUGGGACAUCAGCUGAAGAAGAUCAUGCAGACGUUCGUCACGCAGCAGUGGAAACAGAGCAAAGAGAAAUCCAGUUGCCUGCACAGCAAGAAGCUGUCGGAGAAGAAAGCCAAGUCCCCCCUGCAUUUGUUUUCUACCUUGCGCAGGUCGCCAAGUUACCCUCCCCCCGGCUGCGGUAAAAGCAAAUCCAAGCUGAAACCCGAGCAAGACGGCAUCUCCAAAACGCACAAGCUGCUGAGGAGGACUUGUUCCAGCACCGUCAAGACGGAGGACGCGUGCGCCUCCAAGGCGCAGCACCGGGGCUUCGGCCGCUCCCUGUCCAGCGACCCCCGGGCGGAGCAGGCGCCGCCCCCCCUCAAGCCGCACAAGCUGCUGGCCCGGCCCUGCCCCGCGGCCGCCAAGCAGGAGGACGGCCUGGCCCUCAAGCCGCACAAACUGCUGACUCGCUCCUGCUCCGGGGACCCGCGCUGUGAGCACGGCGCCACCCUGAAGCCCCACAAACUGCUGAGCAGGUCGUACUCCAGCCACCUGCGCGUGGACGAACUGUACGGGCUGAAAACCCACAAGCUGCUCGGCAAGCCGUCCGCCAGCGCCCCCAAGUCCUCCAAGGCGGAGCUCUGCCCGGAGCCCCCCGCAGCCGCCGCCGCCGCCGCCGCCGCCGAGGGCCGGAGGCUCUCUCUCACCUCAGGGCUUAUUGGUAUCUUGACCCCGUCUUCAUGCUCCUCUUCCCAGCCCGCUGCAAAUGGUGCCAAAUGCAUUCCAGUACGAGAUCGUGGUUUCCUGGUGCAGACCAUCGAGUUUGCGGAGCAGCGGAUCCCCGUGCUGAACGAGUACUGCGUGGUCUGCGACGAGCGCCACGUGUUUCAGAACGGCCCCAUGCUGAGGCCCACCGUGUGUGAGCGCGAGCUGUGCGUGUUCGCCUUCCAGACGCUGGGCGUGAUGAACGAAGCCGCCGACGAGAUCGCCACGGGGGCUCAGGUGGUGGACCUGCUGGUGUCCAUGUGCAGGUCUGCGUUGGAAUCGCCGAGAAAAGUUGUCAUUUUCGAGCCGUAUCCCUCUGUGGUCGACCCUAAUGACCCUCAGAUGCUGGCCUUCAACCCCAGGAAGAAGAAUUACGACCGCGUGAUGAAAGCACUGGACAGCAUAACUUCUAUCAGAGAAAUGACACAAGCGCCAUACCUGGAAAUCAAGAAGCAGAUGGAUAAACAGGACCCCCUUGCUCAUCCCCUGCUGCAGUGGGUUAUUUCGAGUAACAGGUCACAUAUCGUGAAACUGCCAGUGAACAGGCAACUGAAGUUCAUGCACACGCCGCAUCAGUUCCUGCUCCUCAGCAGCCCGCCCGCCAAAGAAUCCAAUUUCAGAGCUGCUAAGAAACUCUUCGGGAGCACCUUCGCCUUCCACGGCUCGCACAUCGAGAACUGGCACUCCAUCCUGAGGAACGGCCUGGUGGUUGCUUCCAACACAAGGUUGCAGCUCCACGGCGCCAUGUACGGAAGCGGAAUCUACCUUAGUCCGAUGUCAAGCAUAUCAUUUGGCUACUCAGGGAUGAACAAGAAGCAGAAGGUGUCGGCCAAGGACGAACCGGCCUCCAGCAGUAAAAGCAGCAGCGCAUCCCAGUCACAGAAAAAAGGACAGCAAUCCCAAUUCCUGCAAAGCCGUAACUUGAAAUGCAUAGCCUUAUGUGAAGUGAUCACCUCCCCGGACCUGCACAAACACGGAGAGAUCUGGGUCGUCCCCAACACCGACCACGUCUGCACCCGGUUCUUCUUCGUCUACGAGGACGGCCAGGUGGGGGAUGCGAACAUUAACACGCAAGAAGGGGGCAUACACAGGGAGAUCCUCCGGGUGAUCGGCAACCAGACCGCCACCGGCUAGAGGGCCGCCCCGCGCGCGGCCGGCGCGGCCUGAAGGCCUUCUCGGGUUCAAAGCUGGGUUUUGAACUGAAGAAGAUGACGAAAUAAUUUAUUGUUAUGAUGAACAAAAUUAACCCUUUGAAUACUGAUUCUUUUCUUAGUAUUUCUAAGUAUCUCCUUAAAUACCUAAGAUGGUAUACACACUUUAUCAAUUGUAGGGUGACGGGAUCUAGUAGUAAAAAUUACAGCAGCACUUAAACUGAAGUUUGGGUUGCUCCCACAAUAAACAGAUUGAAAAAACAGUUUCGCGCUGAUAUUUUUAUAUUAAACUCUUUAAUUGGAAAUCUGGAGUUACAAUAUCGACACUUUAGGUCGCCAAAAUAGAACCGAGAGCGUUUUAUAACAAAGUCUAAAUCUAUAUGAUACUUUGCAAUAAGUAAAAUGUCUGCACAUUCUGAUGUGCUGUAUACUGAGUGGUAGGAGCAUUCAGAUAUUUUGAGGAGGGAUGCCUCCUAUUCUCCUGUUACUUUUUCUUCUACAAAAACAAUUAGGCUUCGAUGCAAUGCUUUGCCCAAAAGUUUGUAUUCUUCACAACUGUAGGUUCAUGCAUCAGAACGCGUGCUCGUGCACAUGUGUGUCUACAUGCACAUGUGUGUCCACAUGCACAUGUGUGUUUUGACAACAGAUGGCAUAGCUCCGCUGCUCUGUCUUCAUUCGGUGAAGAGAAAUCAUGUUCAGUGAGCAGAAGUCUGGACCUAAACCAAGAUAUAAGCCAAAUUUGCCAUUACUGUUCAUUCCCUGAAAAUAUUUGCAGGCAAUUUUUCUAUUUGUUUAAAGAAUGUUUUCUUCAGGAAAACUCAGCUCUUUAAUAAUGUUAUCUAAAAGUCAUAAUUUGGGAAAAUAGAUGCCCCUGGCGGACUAAAUCCAUAUUCAAAUGAGCCCAUGCUUAAUAAGAAGGCUUCAGAACUUAAUUAGUACGCAUUUUUAUUUCCUACAGUGGAACAUUUUUUUUAAAUUUAUUUAGAGCACACCAGCAUUUUUAUAUUUUUUUCAUCUAAUACCUCUGCUUAUUUUUUUCAUAUUGAGAAAGAAGACAAACUUUGACAUUUCUUUUAUAUUAAAAGGCUGCAAAAUAAGUUUCUGGAGAACAAGGACACCAGCGCCAUCCUCCUCCUUUCAAGGGUCGUGUGCUCACCAGCGUCUCGUUUCUGUUGCUUUGUCUCGGUCGUUACAAGUUUUAAUUGACAGUUUCCCUUUUCCACGAGACCUCUCUGGAGCAGGGCCAUUCGCGAGAGCAGUUCAAUGAUCCCGGCUGCCACUCGAGUCGAACUUUGAAUCAAGGCUCCUCCUGUCUGAGUUUCAUUUCCAUAGAAAGAAAAAAAAAAUAAAAAUGUGGCGUCAUCCGUGAGAAAAAUGCUGGAACUUCUGCGUUUAUGUCCUUUGGUGUAUAAACGAUGAGAGAAAAGGUCAUACACGGUAUGAAGGGUUGCUAUUUAGGAAGCCUUUACUAAUCGGUUUGUUUUCUGAGAUUGUAAAUAAUUGAUUUCUGCAGAAAGAGACUGGAAAUGGUUGGGAUACUAACUGUGGUGGUACAGUCCACUGAACAUGUUGAUGUGUGUCAUCUUGUACCUUUGAACCCAAAUGAGACAGAGGACUGAUGUUGGCAUUCGAGGGCCAAGCGACAGCACCUCCUAGUGUCCUGGGAGCGGACAUCCGAAGACUUCUGGUAGGGCAAGAGGGCUGCUUGCUUAACCCAAGUCCCUCUGACUGUGUCUUAAAAACAUUUUUAAGCAACAAAAUUAUUUUUUCAAGUUAAUUGUAUGGGGCAUUGUGUACAUGCCAUAAAUAUGAAGAUGUAAGGGCAGGAUUUGGAAAGUGAGGUCCUAGAACCCCCCGACCUGUGUGGCCAUGAGGGCCACUGAGGCUCCUCCAGCGCCUUCAGGGGCCAUGUUCAAACCACCGGCCUGACCCGUGGAGGGCUCACCAGACAGCGACCUGUCAGGAGUGUGGUGUUCGGAUCCGAGCAGCAAGGGGGCCCCCUAUGACCAGGGCCACUACAGAGAGGGGUGAGGAAAAGCUGGCCCAAUAGCAACUUCUGCCGAUUGAAGAGUGAAAGUAGAAUCACCUCUCAGAGCAAGGGAUGCAGUCCAUAGUUUCAAUGCCUAAUAAUACUAUAUAGACAACAGGCACCUGUUAUGAUAAGGCAUCUUCUCAUGAUAAUUAAUGGGAUGCUGUUGCGAUGCAGAAGGACAAAUUUUAAAUUUGUUUCGAAAAACUGUCAGCUCCUUUGUAAGCAAAUACUCCAAGUGGAGCCAAACUUUUCAUUGAAACUUGGAUGCGGGGAAUACUGUAGUAUACUGACGCUUACCUUUGUUUCUAAAGGAUCUAAUUUCAAUAGACACCAUUAGUAAAUGAAUAGCUUGCUUCCAGAGUCCAAGCAGGUCCUUAAAAGGUAGAAGUUUCAACAUGACUAUGACCAUGCCUUGAUUCAGUCACCACAUUAAGAUAAUACUUAUGGAUGUAUUUGCUGAUUCCAAAUGUGUGAUAUUCUUUUGUAUUUAUAUAAUUAUUUGAAGUCUGUUCACUGCUGCUUUGUAAUAGUUAUAUUAAUUGUGUAGCCAUUACUAGUGAUACUAACCCUUUGAGCAAAGGGAAUCAUUUUCAUCCCUGAAGGAGGGGAAGAAGUACCUUACGUUAUUAGUUGUACUUUUUCUGGCAUUACUGACUUUGUGACUAUUUCAGUAUGAAUAAUUUGUCACCGUUAUUGUCCACUGUAUUAAAAAAGGAAAUGAUCAAACAGUCAAAAAGAGGAAAAAAGCAAUACUAUACUUAUGAAGUAUUAAGGUACUUUAGCAGUGCCUUAGACUGUGUUACAUUGAAAUGACUUUUAUUUUUGUUGCUCAGCAAAUACUAGUCAAAUGUUGGACUUGAGGGUGGUUUUUAAAUUUAAAGUUUGAAUAUAAAAGUAUAAGAUUUAAAUAUAAGCCCUUAAACUUACCAUCAAAUACGAUGACGUAUAAGAAACCAGCCCAAACUAUGGUUAAUGCCCUGAAUAUUUCUCAUUGAGAAAUCUAGGCAUGUAGAAAAGAAAUCCUCAGUUAUCCUCCCCUUCGCUAAAAGAAAGAAAACCCUUAAUCGGCAAGUCUAUAAAUCUUCAUCGUCAUUGAAAGAAUCUUAGCACUACUUUAUCAUAAUUCUACAACUCGCUUAGGGUGUGGGGUCUCAGAACGUUGUAAGGAUACGUUCAUCACCCUUGUCAAAGUCCGGACGACUUGAUCAGGUAGUAAGUUCCUACGUCUGGCAGGCCACUCACCCUGGACCAUCUGCUGCCUCAACGGAUGGAUUUCACGGUGGCCCUUGAAGCACAUUUUAAUAAUAUUAGGAUGUUAUUCUAUUGUCUUGAUGAAUUCUUCAUUAUAACACUACCUCAAGACAAGUGAUAAACGGUUAAGGUAAAUUGGGUUUCCAGUAUGAGGAAGAAAUGGAGUUUUACCAGUAGACGUCAUCAAGUGAUUCAGCCAUCUAGACCGUCAGGACACAGAUACUUGUCUGUUAUCUCUCGUCAAUGCCGUGAUUGGAUAUUUCAGUCGCUGGCACGGGAUGAUGUGCUUAACGCCCAAUGAGCUAUGAGAGGGUAUUGCAAGUGGCAAAGUUUGAAAAUAACUAGUUCCCUUUAGGAUAAGUUUUCUACAUGGGCCAGUUGUCUCCCCUUCACCUAAAGCCACCAACAGUGCCCCCCCCCCCCCGAACAGCUAAAAGAUUAAAAUACCCAACUCCCGGGCCAGAACGGCAGACUGAAUAAUCAAGCAUUUUGGCAUCGAAUGCCUGCUAAAUUUUUGUCAGAUUAUAUAUAAAUUUGAUGUGUAUAUUAUUAUCCAGUUAAUUUUUCUUGGGGGUUUUGUGUACACUAUGAUAUAUUAGGAUAAGUUUUUGUAGGUCAAAAGAAUUUCAAGUAGUUUUUAGACAAAACAUACCCAUGAGUGUGAAAAAGCCGUGUUGAAGAAUAGAUUACAUUACACAUUUACCAGCAAGUCCGUGAAAAAUAGUGCUUAUUUACAGAGUCAACAUAAUUUAAUGUUCUAAAAAUAAUUUCUUCAAUCUGCCCAAUACUUAAUGUAUCAUUUGAGGUUUUAAAAUGCGCAGCCAUCCUUUAUGUAAACAUUAAGAUAUGCCUAUGUUUCUUUAACGAUAGAGUCUCCUUGACAAUACAGUUUUUGACUUUUGUGCACAAAAAUAGUAUUGCAACCUGCUAUUUAGCCUUUGGUGCCUUAGAGUUAUUAUAAAUAUUUAACAAUAUGUACAUAAUGUAAAUACUGCCAAGAGAUCACUAAGGCCAAAUAUUUUCUCUAUUCACUUUUUAUUGCACUUGCUUUCUAUUGCUACUUAAGCCUCUUUUAUCCAGCUUUGUAAUAGUUCUGACACUGUAGCCAAUGUAAAUGUUUACUUUCAAUAAA